CACGAAACCAUCUUAUCAAAGGCAGGAGAGUUGAAUUUCUGUCAAGUUUGGCAGGCAGAUGACUCAAGUGUCAAUGGGAAAAGCUGGUGCCUAUUAAUCCAUGAUGCUAGAGAAAAUGUCUUAGAGACCAUUGAGUACUCUCGGGUUCGUUCUAUCUUUCUUUUAAGCAUUACUGCAAUCCCCAGGUCUUUCCUUGUCAACUUGUUUAAAAAGUUCAAGCUUUUAAAAGUGUUGGAUUUUGAAGAUGCUCCUAUUGAUUAUCUUCCUGAAGAAGUGGGGAAUUUGUUCCUCUUGAAACACUUAAGUUUGAGGAAUACAAAAGUGAAGAUGCUUCCUAAGUCGAUGGGUAGGCUACAGAACUGACAGACAUUAAAUCUCAUUGAGACCUCAGUGCAUGAGCUAUCAAUUGAGAUACUUAGGCUUCAUAAGUUGAGACAUCUUUUGGCACACUAUUAUGACUUUGAAAUCGAAAGUAGUUUGUAUUCAAUUAAAGGAGUGAAAAUACAUGAGGGGGUAGGAUGUUUAAAGGACUUGCAAUCGUUGUCGCUUGUCGAGGCAAAUCACCAAGGUCUUGGUCUAAUCAAGGAGCUAGGAAAGUUGAGGCAGUUGAGGAUGCUGGGCAUCUCAAAUAUAACUGCAGAACAUGGGAAGGCUCUGUGUGCCUCCAUAAAAAGUAUGGAUCACCUUAAAAUUUUGGCUUUAAGCUCGAUCAGUGAAGAUGGAAUUCUAAAUUUACAAUCUAUUUCAUCUCCGCCUCAAUUUUUAGAGCACAUCAUUCUAAGGGGGCGGUUGGAGGAGUUGCCCAAUUGGAUUCCAAAGCUUCAGAAUCUUGUCACAUUAGGUUUAUAUUUCUCAGGGUUAGAGGAAGAUCCUCUAAAACAUCUUCUACCUUUGCCUAAUUUAACUAAUCUUUUCCUCAAUCAGGGCUAUGAUGGGGAAGAGCUGCAUUUUGAGGAAGGUGGUUUCCGAAAACUCAAAAAGCUCACACUCAAAAAGUUGGACAGAUUAAAGAUGAUGAAAAUAGACAAAGGAGCAUUGCCCCUUCUUGAACAACUAGAGAUUGGACAAUGCCCGAAGCUGAAGGAGGUACCCUCUGGAAUCCAGCACCUGGAAAAUCUCAAGACUUUGGACUUCUCUGAAGUGCCACGAAACUUUUUGUUGGGUAUGCAACCAGAUGGAGGCAAAGAUUAUUGGAUAGUCAAGAAGGUACCUACCAUCCGUUUCAGGUAUAGAUUAAAGGAGAACGAUAUCAAAUAUACAAGCUCAGUGACUCAGAUUUGUCGGAGUGUCUGCAAGGGUGAGUCUUGGAGGACCAACGGCCAUGCAGUUUCAAUGAAAGACAAGGUAUGAGCCUCCAAGUCACAGGACUGCCUCAAAAAUUUUGGUAGUUCCUUUAUAUGUAAUGACAAGAGUCUUCACUAACCAAAUUUUCAUGCUUAAGAUUUGCAUUGGCCAGUGAUUUCCAACCAAAGCAACAGUUGAAUAAAUUACCACAGCUUCGACACUUAUAAUUGUGGUCUUUUCUGUUUUUUGUACUUUCUAUAUAUUAAUAUUUGAUGUUUUCACCAUUGAAAAAUGAUUCAUAUUAAUCUAUUGUUUAAAAAGGAUCUAGAUUUGAUAAUUAGACAUUAACCAGCACACAGGACCUUUUAUAAUCAUAAGCCUUGAUUCUUAGUCUAUGGCUUUGCAACAAUGAAUGGUGCAGCAUAGCUAACCAAUAUCAAUCACAAGAAAUAAAUACAAAAGGCAGGGAGGACAAAAGCAGCGCUAUAAGCAAACAGCAAAGAAGAGGACAAGCUUGUUCAAGCAUAAAACAGCAAU